AUGGAAGACGAUAGGAAGCAACGGUUCCGAUUCCACAAGGAAGACGAGAUUUUACUCUUAAACAUCGUCCUUCGUGCAUCGCCCUGUCCCUACAACAUCUCAACCCGUGACGGAGCCAUCAUGGUCGCCUGGAACAACAUCGCCGAGGAGUUCAAGAGCCUGUGCAAACCCCGCCCGGAUGGUAAAGUCCCUCACUCAAGGACCUGUCGUACCCGCUGCGACAAGAUGAUUACCGACUACCUAGCCAUGCAGGCCAGUCCUCAGCUCAGGGGCAAGAAACUGGAAUCCAAGGAUGAUCGGAUCAAGAAUGAGCUGGUUGCACGGUUGAGCGCUCUCCAGGGCAAGGGACUCGACCCGAACUUGAUUGCCGCAGCGGCCGAGGCAGGAGCAGGUGCGGGAUCUGGAGCAGGAUCUGGGGCAGGAGCAGGAGCAGGAGCAGGGGGUGAUUCGCCUUCGAACUCGGACGAUCCUAUCUCGAAUCUAUCGCCUGCUAUCUCGCCUGUGUCAGGGAUCCCUGGCUCGAGUGAAUUGAUGACCCAUGUGACAGGCUCUGCUUCUGGAACCAGUCUAAUGACCCCAGGACAAGUGCUUGGACGAGCGUCAGGAAACCAGGGCAUGAAUGGCUCGCCCUUGCUGAGUCAUACCGGUCACCUCCAACAGCAUCACAGCCAGCCGCAUCAUCAGCAUCACCACCAGCAACAGGAACAUUAUCAACAACAUCACCAUCAGCAACUCUCAAGUCAACAGGCAGCCUCAGAACUACUUGCAGCAUCGGCACUCUUGUUACCAACAACCAUGGGAGGGAUGCACUCUAGUGCACACCAGAGCUUAACCCCUACCUCAGCUUCGACGAGCAUAUUUGCCACGCCCAACUCGACAGCAGGCACCGUCAAGGUGGAUAAGAAGGGCAAACAAGUAAUAGGAUCACGGAAGAGACGAGUCAACAACACCACCACUGCUGAGGUCCAAGCGCAACAACAGCAGCAUCAGUCCGGGCCUGUGUCGACAGCCUCGUUUGAGGCACUCCAACGCCAAAACUUGUCCGGCUCGACAGCCAACAUAAAUGCCUCACAGACCUCAGUGUUGACCAGUACCAAACGACUCCGAUCCUCAGCCAAGCAGGCAACAUCUACUACUACUACUACAACCAUGCCAACAUACACUCAGCAGCAGUCGCAACAACAACAGCAGCAACAGCAGGUCAACGGUGGGCGCACCAUGAUGGGAGUCUUGGGACAUGGUGUCGGAUCUGGGUUUACAAGCAACGAUCUGACAGGACUCUCGAGCCUCAGCAGCAAUAGCCAUAACCAUAGCUUCCCAGACAUCCACAGCGUCCACGAUUUCGGCGACGACAACGAUGAUGACGAUGAUGACCAGGACGACCAUAACAAUAUCGAUGACGACGACGACGAUGAUGAUGACGAUGAUGGUGGGGAUACGGGGUUCCAUGAUACUCAGGAUGCCUUUGACAGCACCUACGACAACAACAACUUUGAGCAUGAUCUGGAUGGAGUAAGUCCCGCGUCGCAGAUGGAGGCUUCGACUUUGUUGUCGUUCCAGAAGGGAGCCUUGGGCUCCAAUGGUGGCAGCGGCACCGGUGGGUACCGGAAGAACAAGAACUCGAAACAGAUGAUGAUGUCCGACAACAAUGGUCAGUCAUCAAGGUCGUCAUCUAUGCGGAACAAGGGAUCGAACAAUGGUGGCGGAGGUCAAUUGCGGCACGGCCACAAUAAUAACAACAAUAAUAACGCUGGAUUGGGAUUUGGCGCAGGAGCGGGUGGGAGCGGGGGAGGUGGCGGUGGUGGCGGAGGAGGGUAUGGAGGGAUGUCGAUGAUCUCGACCGGGUUCGGAGCUUCUGGAGGGUUCUUGCAACUAAGUCAAUUGAACGCGGACGAUCGAGCGUAUUUGAUGAGGCUGGUUGCGUUGGAGGAGCAGCGGGUCAAGAUUGAAGUGGAUAAGGUUGCUCUGGAGCGCGAGCGGCUUGCUCUUGAGAACCGGCGGUUGGAAUGGAAGAUGCAUCAGAUGAAUCACCAGUAG